CAAUAUUCCACGUCAAUCGAGUUGGAGAGAAAAUUGGCAUUUUGCCUCGGUUUAGUUCGCUGUUGGGCUGUCUGUUCAAAGAAAGUGAAUGGCUUGUAAUCUACUUAGGUAGUUGCCGUCAUUGUGUAAAGUAAUAGCAGUAGUACUAUUUAUUAAUACAAGAUGAAAUUAGUUUAUUUAACUUUACUAGUUCUUCCAGCGGCGUUACUCUGCUUUCAAAGUGCAAACACAUUAUUCGCUAGAGCAGAUGAAGAUGAAUUAGAUGAUGUUGUAGACAUUGAGGGAGAAGACAAUCAGGUUGUUGGUGAAGAUUCAUUAGGUGAUGAUGAUGAUUCAGUAGUGAAGUCAUCCCAAGAUGUGGAUACUUCAAUCUUAUUCACAAAGCCAAUACCCAGUUAUGGAGAUGCUGCUUUUGACUUACAAGCAGGCUAUCCAGUGGAAUUCCUGGUUGGUUUCAUCAAUAAAGGUGCUGAAGAUUACGUAGUUGAAUCUAUGGAGGCCUCCUUUAGAUACCCCAUGGAUUAUACAUACUAUAUUCAGAACUUUACUGCGUUGCCUUACAAUCGUGAAGUUAAACCAAAACAGGAGGCGACCUUUGCAUACUCUUUCAUCCCCAAUGAAGCAUUUGCUGGUCGGCCCUUUGGCUUGAAUGUCCAACUUAACUACAGAGAUGCCAGUGGUAACUUCUAUCAGGAAGCUGUCUACAACCAGACAGUGAAUAUUGUUGAAGUGUCCGAAGGCCUUGAUGGCGAAACUUUCUUCUUGUACGUUUUUCUGGGUGCGGCCUGCGUAUUAGCUUUAGUUUUGGGUCAACAAGCGCUAUCUUCGCUUGCUCGUCGCCGUUCUCCCCGUGCAGCUCCCAAACCACUAGAGACUGGCACUGCCAACAAUGUAGAUUAUGACUGGUUACCGAAGGAAGUCGUGAAUCAACUCAAAAAAUCUCCCAAAACGCCCAAACAAUCGCCGCGCAUGAGAAAGGCAAAGAGAUCCGCGGGCGAUGACUAAACUAUUUUUAAGUUCUGUGAACACCAGCACAAGUCGGGUGCUUGGCGUUAGUGUGCUUGAGCCGUGAGUGAAAUAAGAAUCGAACGAAUCCAACAUGAGUAUUACUUUCAUAAUUUUUGGCCUUUCUUUAUAAAAUAUUUAUAGAACUUAUGCUUAAUACUGGUCAUAAAUCGAUUAUCUCACUGUGCUUUGUUUUUUUUUUUAAUUUGAUUUUGAUGUAGGAAGAUUUUAUUCUUAUUUCACUCAUUUUGUGUACGAAUUGUGUGAUUCGUAGUUGCUAAGUGAGUAAUGAGAGUAAAUUAUGGAACAAACAGUGUGCAGAAGUUUUCAACAAUGUGUGGAGGAGACAUAAUUUAAUAAAAUGUUACUUUU